AUGCGUGUGGUCGCCAGCAGAUUCUGUACUUUUACCUUCGUUUGGCUUUGGCUGGUGGUGCCGGUGUGCGUUGCCGAAGUGUUGACAGUAGCCACCGCAAUCGGUACGGCAUCCAUUCUGUCUGGUCUGCUCGCUACCCUGCCAUACUUUCGUUGUCGGUGGUACGAAUGCUGCGAGGACACAUGGGUGUCCCCUGACCUGCAGGGCUUGAACGAGGCACUGCAAGCCAAGCUUUAUGGGCAACCGCUGGUCAUCAACACGAUUUACAACGCGCUCAAGUCGCACUUCAACAAAGCUGUCCACAAGAAGGCGUUGGUCAUGUCAUUUCAUGGCUGGAGCGGCGGUAAGGUCUGAAA